AUGCGGGCUUUAUCUAUGUUUGGUUUUGGCCAGUGUCGCCUGUUAGCUCAAGAAAGCCUCAAUAUGGGAAGAACUAGCAGUGAAAAAUCUAACGAUCAAGUGGUUUCACCAGAAAGGAAUGAAGGAAAAGAAGGCAAUGGUCUGCGUCGCUCCUUCCGGCAGAGGAAAGCUGUUGAGCGCUAUCAAUCUCCAUUGGAAAAUCUAAGAAAACAUAACCUAAGGUUGUCCAAGCGUACUUCAUCUGGCAAAAGGAGAGAUUCAGGCAAAAAACCUAAAAGGUCUCCUUCAGCCAACUCUAAGAAAGGUGGCAUAAAGGGAGCUCGAAAUGAUCACACGAAAACUGAAGCAACUCAGAAAGGCAACUUUAAUGAAGUUCACAGGGAUCACAUGAAAAUUGGAGCAAGUCUGGCUGGUGUGGAGCAAAUGCAAAUAGAUGGUUCAGUGCAAUUUCAUGGUGUGGGUGGUCUAUCUGACCACAUUUCAGCUUUAAAAGAGAUGGUCAUUUUGCCUUUGCUUUAUCCGGAUGUCUUUGAGAUACUGAAAUUUAAACCUCCAAGAGGCUGUUUAUUCUAUGGUCCACCAGGGACUGGAAAGACCCUGGUUGCUCGUGCACUAGCUAAUGAGUGUAGCAGAGGUGACAGGAAAGUAACCUUUUUUAUGAGAAGUGCUGCUGACUGCAUGAGUAAGUGGGUAGGAGAAUCUGAACGACAGCUUCGUUUAGUAUUUGAGCAGGCCUACCAGAUGCGACCUUCAAUUAUUUUCUUUGAUGAGAUCGAUGCUCUUGCUCCUGUACGGUCCAGUAAACAAGACCAGGUUCAUAGCUCUGUUGUGGGGACACUUCUGACACUUAUGGAUGGCUUAGCCAGCAGAGGAGAGGUUGUGGUAAUAGGAGCCACCAACAGACUGGAUUCUAUAGAUCCUGCUUUACGGAGACCUGGGCGCUUUGAACGAGAAUUUCGCUUCAACUUACCAAACAAAGAGGCAAGAUUAGAAAUUUUCAAAAUUCACACACGAGACUGGACCCUGAAGCCAUCGGACAACUUACUUGAAGACCUGUCUGAGAAAUGUGUUGGAUUCUGUGGUGCUGAUAUUAAAGCCUUAUGUGUUGAAGCUGGGCUCUGUGCUUUGCGCCGCCGCUAUCCGCAGAUACAUGAGAGUGACAAAAGACUGAAGAUAGAUGCCAGAUCAAUUAAAGUAACAACAAAGGAUUUUGCCACGGCCAUGCAGAAGAUUGUUCCAGCAUCACAGAGAGCUGGGGCUUCACCUGGGAGGGCACUACCAGCUAUUUCAAAGCCGCUGUUAGAAAACACUCUGGAAAGAAUUUUACAAGCCUUGCAGAGAGCAUUUCCCCAUGCAAAGCUUGCACUGAAGAAGAACCAAGGGAAUGAUGGGUUUGACAGUGAUGAUGACUUACCAUCAACCUCUGAAAAGAAGCCUGACAACAAAAAAGCAGAAUUCCGCACUUUUAGCAGAAAUUCUUCUUACCAGCCAACAUCAUUCAGGCCACGGUUCUUACUAGUUGAAGAGCCAGGAUGUGGGCAGGCUUUUGAUUUAGCACCUGCUGUAUUACACGCCCUGGAAAAAUUUCCAGCUUAUACACUAGAUUUAUCCACCUUGUUUGUUAGCACCACAUCACAGGAAGAAACAUGCUCACAGUUGAUACGAGAAGCUGAAAGAACAGCACCAAGUAUAAUUUAUAUUCCACAAAUUCCUUCGUGGUGGGAGGCUGUUGGACCUACACUGAAAGCUGGUUUUACAGGACUACUGAAUAACAUUCCAUACUUUGCUCCGGUUUUGCUCCUUGCAACAUCUGAUGUGCCACAUGAAGAUCUCCCUGAAGAGAUAAAAACAUUGUUUAAUGCUAAUCGUGAAGAAGUUUUCAAUAUCCCACGGCCUACCUGUGCUGAAAGAAAAGGGUUUUAUGAGGACUUGAUUAUGAAACAAGCUGCUGAACCUCCUGCAUUAAAAAACAAUGCAAAUUCGCGGGUACACCUUCCUGCAAGAUGUUCUCAGGAGGAUGUGCAACCACAAGUACGGGACAAGAAAGCAAUCAAAAUUAAAAAACGAGGAGUCUAUGUGGAUCACUCUGAGCUCAGAAAAGUGUUGGCUGCUGUUGUCACAGCAACUGAGAACGUCAGUAUAUCGAGCAUGGCAAAACUAUAUUCUGUUCUUAGCAUGUGCAUUUACCAGCAGCGAGAAAAUCCAGACAAAACCGAAUUAGUGGAGGAAAUGAAGAAAGAAAUUGAAGCCCUCAGUUGGCUGUGA